CUUCUUAUAAUCAUGUGUUCUAUUGUGAAGGUCUAAAGAAUGUUAUAUUGAGGAUCUUUAUUCUUAUAUCGUUGUGAAAAACUAAAGUUUAUGAUCGGAAGGAUCUAAGAAUCGUUCUCAGAGGGAUCGAGAUUUUUAUUGCAGUUUUUUGGCUCAAAAUCAAGUCUCCUUUAAAACAGCUGUUUUUUUUCAAUAUCUUCCUUCCUUCAGCUGUGUUAUGGCUUACUUCUAGACACGAAUAAUGACGAUCAAUGAUAAUCAAAUGGAAAACUUUAACACCGUCUCUUCGCAAGAAGAAACUUCCUCCAUUGAUGGCCGAGAAGGUUCAAGUCAGCUACCCCUUGUGGUUUUACAGCUUCGCGACAGGGCACAAGAAGCUGCAAAUCAAUACGAGGAAGAAGAUUUCUUCCCUCUUUCUUCGUCUAAAUAUCGUUAUUGCAAAUGGCACGAGCUGGAUGAGAUCGAUGUUAAAGGGAACAUGUUGCGUUCUCCUCGAGUCAGGAAAGCUCCUAAAGGUUAUAAGGCAGAGACAAUGCGGAAGAUUCAGCUAGAAGAGGAAAUGGGAGACUCAGAUGAUGAGGAUGACAGACGACUACUGCAUGUACCGGUGCGGAAUAGACCCAAACGAACACAUAAUUACAGAAAUAAAAUGGAAAAUUGGGAAAAUGCCGAGUCUGUGAAUUUAUCAUUUCAAGAUUUGGGACAUCCAUUUCAGAAGAAAGAAUUUCUUCGUGUUCUCAGACGACUUAUACGAUGUGAACAAAUUCAAUUAAUAGAAGACUCGUUAACAGAUUUAAGUACUGUAUUUCUUCCCAGAUGUAAACAGUUAUUCUUGCAGAGAAAUUUCAUAAGUGAUCUUAAGAAACUUCCCAGAACACCCAUGCUGGAACACUUGUCACUUCAACAAAAUAACAUUGAAUCUUUACAAGGACUAGAAAUACUCAAUGAUACAUUAAUAAAAUCAUUAACACUGAAAGGAAACCCGGUAGAGUUGAAACCAAACUACAGACAACAGGUGUUCAGGAUUCUUCCUAAUCUCAGGUUACUUGAUGGUACCCCCAAGCUAGAAAGUGACAUUGACAAUUCCUUACCUGCGAUGGUGACGAAGACCUGUAUUGUAUCAUAGCAAAAGGACAAAUAUCAUCAUCAAUUUAUAUUAACAUUUAUUUGGUAAUCAUUAGGUUCAUUGAACAACAAAGUCAUGACAAAAACACAGAUAGACAUAAUAGAAAUAUAGAGACAUUUUGAGUUUCAGUUCAGAAAGCCUUCUCAAAAGAUUAUCUAAAAUUUGCAAUGGGGGCCUUUUUUAGAAUUUCGUAGUAGAAGCAUGCAAAAUAAUCAUUGUAAAUAUGUAUAUAUACAAAAUUAUAUAUUUAUAUGAAUCAAAACUUUUGUAAAGAUGAUACACAAAGGUAAUAAUGCAAUGAUUUUUCCUUCUUCAUUGUAAAU